CAACGGCUCGCGAGACUCUCUACACUUCACCACGUGGCGUUAGCCAAUCAGCUCGCGCGUAGCUGUGACGAAACUGCGUGCGCCGCGAGUGCAUCACGCGUCUGAGCAUGAGUGAAUCGUCGCGACUUAAUUUAGUCCCGGAACCCCCUCCACAACCGCCAGUAUCGUGUUGCCAGCCGAACCAAGAAGGUGCAGACACGCACACUCACGCAAGCUUGAAGAUGAGUUACUUCUCUCAGCCUGCAAACCCAACGAACGCUGACCAGAUGGAAGACAUCGCCGAUAACGCCGCUUACCUCGUCGACGAGAGCGGCGAUCUCGGUAACCCCUGGACUAAGUCGAAGACUGCCGUGAAUUUUACCAUCGAAGAGGACGAGGGCUACGAGGCAGAUGACUGCCCAGAGAACAACUUGCUGCACUCUGCGAGGAGCUGCCGUUGGUAUCUUGAAGGUGACUGGUGUUUUCUGUCUGCUGUAUCUCUUCAUCUGUGUACUCGACGUACUCAGCAGCGCAUUCCGACUUCUGGGUGGCAAGACCGCAGGGAGCGUGUUCCAUGACAGCGAUCUCCUGAAGAACCCAAUCGCCGGCCUCAUGCUCGGAGUCUUGGCUACCGUCAUCCUGCAGAGUUCCUCUACAUCCAGUUCCAUCGUCAUAGCCAUGGUGUCCUCUGGAAUUAUGGAAGUCAGGCCAUCCAUCCCGAUCAUCAUGGGAGCUAACAUCGGCACCACUGUCACCAACACCUUGGUGUCGCUUGCCCAUGCCAUGAACCCUCGGGAAUUCCGUCGAGCCUUCAGUGGCGCCACUGUCCAUGACGUCUUCAACUGGCUGACGGUGUUGAUUCUCCUUCCUCUGGAAUACUGUGCAGGUUACCUCUUCCAUUUGACUUCCGUGUUGGUGGAGAAUCUGAACUUGGAGAACCUACACACGAAGGACCAGGACCUGCUCAAGCAGCUGACUAAACCUCUUACACAGCGCAUCGUAAUGGUGAAUGAAAAAGUUAUUACAGCGAUCGCUGAGGGCAAGAUGGACUCGGAAAACGCUCGGCUUCUCAAGGUAAUAUGCAAGAACACCACGACUGUGAUAUACAACGCCAGUCAAACGGAGAACGGAACGAUGCUUUGUAAUAACCUCUUCGCCAUGCUGGAUUGGAGCGACACCGUGUCUGGCAUCGUGUUGGCCCUCAGCUCCAUCCUCCUGCUGUCCGUCUGCCUGUACUUGAUGGUUAAGCUACUUCACUCCAUGCUGGGUGGUCUGGUGGCACGCAUGGCCAAACGCGUCAUCAACGCCGACUUUCCCUAUCCCUUCUCCUGUCUCACCGGGUACGUCGCCCUCUUGGUGGGUGCAGGCUUGACGGUGUUGGUCCAGAGCUCCUCCGUCUUUACUUCUGCCCUCACCCCGCUGGUCGGCAUCGGGUGCCUGAAGCUGGAACGCAUGUACCCACUGACCCUGGGCUCAAAUAUCGGCACCACAGCUACCGGCAUCCUGGCUGCCUUGGCUUCCUCGACCUCCACCAUGCGCUUCGCUCUGCAGAUCGCCCUCUGCCCUUUCUUCAACAUCACCGGCAUCCUCCUCUUCUACCCCAUCCCUUUCCUGCGCCGCAUUCCUCUGCGCACGGCCCGCUUCCUGGGCUACACGACCGCGCGGUACCGAUGGUUCGCAGCAUUCUACCUGAUCAUGAUGUUUUUGGUCCUGCCCGGCUGCUUCCUGGCCCUGUCCUUCGCCAACAACGUGGCCUUCAUAGCCGUCUUGGUCCUAGUGGGACUGGUGUCGCUGGUGGUCCUGGUGCUGAACCUGCUGCAGAAGAGCCUUCGGUCCAAGCUGCCCCGUCGUCUGCAAACCUGGGACUGGCUGCCGCUAUGGCUGCGCUCUCUGGAACCCUUGGACAGAUUCUUCCGCUGUCUUUUCUCUCCCCUGAAGCGCUUGUGCUGCCUGAAGAAGUGCGACUGCCUGUCCCACAAGGCCACCAAAGAGGAGAUCGACAGCGACGAUGAGGACACCAGCGUUGGCACCAAUGCGGACGGAGAUAACAACGAUGAAAGAACCGGCGGUUGUUGUUGUUCCCGCAAAACCAACCAAGCACAGAAGGUGAGGCCGUCGGGAAGGUCCCUCGAGAGGACAUUUGCACGCAAUAGCCCAAUAUAUAUACCUGUGGGGAAAUCAGACAGCAUAGCCACCCCUUUUCACUCAAGGACUGCUCUUAUUCUCCGGAAAGUCUGGUAUGACCUUCGUGCACGUGACAAAAAAAGACAGAUCGUUUGUCCGAUGAUUUGCCCGAGAAGUAGGUCGACGAUGAGCUCCAGUUCGAAACAAGCUUUCGAUCCUUAAGGCCUGCUUUUAGCUGAUUGAAUUGAGUGUUACUGAGGGCUACGCACCGUGGCUAGCCUCAAGAGACGGUUUGAUGCGCUUGACUGCAUGCAGCCAGUCUGACCUCUGGUCAGAGACAGUAGCACGGGCUUGAGACUUUUAAGUGAAGACAGUCUUUCAUUAGUCUUUGUAUUUUAUGCUUAGACUAUAAGUACCCACUCCCGUAAUGUGCCAAGUUUUUAAAUUUGUACAUUUUUAACAAAAGUAGAACCAUGCGUUUUUCCAUUCCCAUGAAUCUGUGACAGUACUUGUAAAAGUCACUCAAGACCUAUCAAUUUUUUUGUGAUUCAGUGUCAUAUCAUGUAGGAUACAGUGAAAAACACAUGACCAAGACAGCAGCAGAGCAAUAACAAAACAAAAAAAAUCAAUAAUAACAAUACGAUGAUGAUUGGGCUGGUCAUUUAAGGAAUUGUGAAUCUGAUCUUAUAGCAUGUAAGUACAUUCCAUAGAUGAUGGGAGGGAAUUUACUGUGGUUUUCUUAAAAUAAGUGCUUCCUGGACAUCUAUCAAAGUUUCUUCUAUUCAUGUACAAUGAUCUCUAAAAUUUGUUCAGAAAGGUAAUUGUUGUUGUCAAUACAUCGAGGAUGACCAGCGGUUGAUUAAUCGUAGUAUCUUGCGCAGAUAUGUAAUUUCUAAAUAAAUGCUUUGCCUAGAAAUCCCAACUGUCAAGAUAGGCACCUCUAGUCUUUUGUCUUCCCUUCAAUCUAAGCCAAGCGCCAAAGAUACAAGUGGAUUGCUUUAAAAUAAAAGUAUUAAAAAAAUGUGUACUUCGAUUCUGGUUAUUCUAAUACCAAGGACAAAGAUCCCCCACUUGUUUUUUUUAUUUUUUAAACAUGUUUCAUUUGUCCGGGGACUAGAGUACAGUAUUCAAUUAAAUUUUCAUACUGCCAAGAUAAUUGAUAAGCCGCUACACGUCAUUGUUUAUACAUGUAUAUAUAUGAGAAAUGUAUUUAUUUUCUUGAAAGAUGUUUGUAUGCGAGAGAAUCUCUUAAGUAUGAGUGGGUGCAAAACAUUUAUUUAAAUAAAAAACAAACCUGUUUUGUGAUGAUGUUAAUGAGUGGUAUUGUGAUGAUGUUAAUCUCUCUUAGGACAUAGCGUCAGCACACGUUUGAUAUCGCAGAAUCUCACAUUUUUAUCAAGGGGUUCGUUAUUAAGGCAUUUAGCUUUUACAGGGGACCAACAUCUUUUUUGUCAUCAGUCAUCAGAGAAGAUUCGUGUAAAAUCAUGCGAUGGUUGUUUUUUAUGAUUAAAUUUUGUUUCAUCAGCUGAAUUACAGUCACAUUUCAGUGUGAUGGUGCAUGUGAAAUAAAAGAAAAUGCACAACUAAAAA